CUCCCUCCAAGUACUGGGGUGAACCGGUGGCAAAUCCCACUAAUCUGCCAGCAUCUCAGCAUCCGUCUCCAGCAGCACCCAGCCCCUGCUGCCAGGAGACCACGUCGCUCCCGCUCACCCACCCAGCGGCGACUGCCCGGCUGGGCCCACGCUGCCACACCCAUGGGGAACAGCAAAAGCGGGGCCCUGUCCAAGGAGAUCCUGGAGGAGCUGCAGCUGAACACCAAGUUCACGGAGGAGGAGCUGUGUGCCUGGUACCAGUCCUUCCUGAAGGAGUGCCCCAGCGGCCUCAUCACCAAGCAGGAGUUCCAGAGCAUCUACUCCAAGUUCUUCCCCGAGGCCGACCCCAAGGCCUACGCCCAGCACGUGUUCCGCAGCUUCGACGCCAACAGCGAUGGCACCCUGGACUUCAAGGAGUACGUCAUCGCCCUGCACAUGACCACCUCGGGCAAGACCAACCAGAAGCUGGAGUGGGCCUUCUCCCUCUACGAUGUGGACGGCAACGGCACCAUCAGCAAGAACGAAGUGCUAGAGAUCGUCACGGCCAUUUUCAAAAUGAUCAAUCCUGAAGACGUGAAGCACCUUCCAGAAGAUGAAAACACCCCGGAGAAGCGAGCUGAGAAGAUCUGGGGGUUCUUUGGAAAGAAAGAUGAUGAUAAACUCACAGAGAAAGAGUUCAUCGAGGGGACCCUGGCCAAUAAGGAAAUUCUGCGACUGAUCCAAUUUGAGCCUCAAAAAGUGAAGGAAAAGAUAAAGGAAAAGAAACCCUGAUGCCAACAGCUCGACUGUCCUCCUUCCCCUCACCACUCACAGAUACACAGAC